ACUGUUCUUAUGGCUCAGUCUAUCUCAAUCUAUCUGAACAUUGUUGGCAUCCGUUUGUCUCGAGAGACAAUGGAGUGCACCUCUGGGGGUGAAGUCAAAUCUGCUGUGUUAGCAGCACCAAAGGGACCUCCCCGGAGCACAAGCCUGGGCAGUGUGUUUGGAGGUCCUGGGCUGGCCAGACGACAAGACCCCCUCUUGGCCUCGCUGAUGUGGUCUAAAGGAAAGGAGAGCAAUAUGUUUGGCACCAGCUUGGCUACAAGAGUAGCCAGAAGGAGGUGUACAAGGCCUCAUCCAACCAUCUUAGGGACUCCACCCCGUAUUUCUGUAGGGUUUUAUGCCUUAGCCUUUUAUUCUCCUGAACGUAUCCCACAAGGCAAUGGAGGUUUAGGAUCAGAGUUUUCCUUCUCCUAGAUGGGCUACCUUCCCAGGUUGACGAGCCCUAUCUGCCCCCAUCUGGAUACUACAUGCUAAUGUUUGCAUUUGCACAGAUACUACAUCGCUUCGAAGAGGAAAGAACUAAGGAUUGCUACAUUCCCAUUGCCAGAACAGAGAAACCUCUGACUUUUACUUGUGCAAAUUCCAAAGCAGCAAAGACCAAGAUGUGAUUAAAUGCAAAGCUGCAAUCAUCUGGGAAGUUGGCCAAAUGCCUUCAGUAGAGGAGGUGGAGGUGGCACCUCCAAGAAGUCAUGAAAUUCGAGUGAAGAUAGUGGCCACUGGGAUCUGUAGGACAGAUUAUCAGGUAGUAAAAGGCAUUUUCGCUAACAUAGACUACCCAGUUAUUGUGGGUCACGAAGGAGCUGGAAUUGUUGAAAGUAUUGGACCAGGAGUCACUUCUGUAAAGCCAGGUGACAAAGUCAUUCCUCUUUGUCUUCCCCAGUGUGGAGAAUGCAGCUGCUGUUUAAGUCCUAAAACUAACUGUUGCCUCAAGGCCCACCUCUGCGAACCUAUUCAAAACCUGAUGCCAGAUAAAACCAGCAGGUUCACCUGCAGAGGGAAACAGAUCCACCACUUCCUAUGGACGAGCACCUUCUCCGAAUACACGGUUGUGCCUGAGGCUUCCAUCACAAGAAUCCACAAUGAUGCUCCACUGGAUAAAGUCUGCCUCCUUGGUUGUGCAUUUCCCACUGGCUAUGGAACCGCCAUCAACUUUGCCCAGGUUGAACCGGGCUCUACCUGUGCCGUCUUCGGCUUGGGAGGUGUCGGUCUGUCUGUUGUCAUGGGCUGCAAAGCUGCUGGAGCAUCCAGGAUUAUUGGGAUUGACAUCAACAAAGAUAAAUUUACUAAGGCCAAAGAGUUAGGAGCCACAGAAUGCAUCGCUCCUCAAGAUUUCAAGAAGCCCCUGAAUGAGGUUCUGGUAGAGAUGACAGGUCUUGGCGUGGACUACGCAUUUGAAGUGACGGGAAAUAUUGACACUGUGGUCACUGCCCUUAAAUCCUGCCAUUUGGGCCAUGGCACCUGUGUGCUGGUUGGAGAACCUCCUGCAGGGGCACAGUUCUCAGUCGAACCUAUUCUGCUCCUCACGGGAAGGAAAUUAACAGGAUGUUUGGUUGGAGGUUGGAAGUUAAAAGAUGCUGUCCCUAAACUAGUUUCUGAUUACAUGAACAAGAAAUUUAAUAUGGAUGCAUUAAUAACUCACACAUUGCCUUUUGAAAAAAUUACCGAAGGCUUUGAGCUUUUAGUUGCAGGAAAAAGUAUUCGCUGCAUUUUGUUGUUUUAAACUUCCAGAAGCAACUAGUAAAAGGGGCCUCAGCUGGAUACGUACCUUUGAAUCCCUCCCCAAAUUCAACAGAAAUGGUUGAGGGUUAAGUCAGCAAUGAUACAGUGGGCUAAAGAUUUAGGACAUGAUAUAUAAAUGAAUACAUGGGGAAAGCUGGGGAAAGUUGACAUGAAAUUUACUGCUUGAUAUGCUUUAAAAGAGGAUUAUAUGAAAAUGAUGCAUAGAUGGUAUCUAACACCUAACAAAUUGUCUAAAAUAUAGAAGAAGGUUCCUCAAGUAGAUGGAUCUUUUUUCAUAGGGUGGAUUUGUAAGAAAGCGAGGGUAUUUUGGGGAAUAAUAUAUGGCAAGAUAAAAAAUAUAUUUAAAGUGAUCAUACCCAAAAAAAACCCUGAUGCUUUUCUCUUAGGGAUUAAAGGGACUGAAGUUACAAAAAUAUGAUUAAUCUGUUUAUGUAUGUAAUGACAGCAGCUAGGAUUCUUUGUGCACAAAAAUGGAAGGAAGAAGAGGUUCGCACCAAAGAAGAAUGGAUAAGCGAUGGACUAUGCAGAAUCAGCAAAGCAAGCAGCUAAAAUAAGAGAAUGAUUAUUAUUUUGUGGAAGAAGUGAAGCCUUUUCCAGACUAUUUAAAGAAAUAUUACAGUAUGAUGAAUUUGCGAGCAGGAUUUGAACGACGAACAAUAGAAGGAAUUAGAGAUUAUUGUAGUAUUGUUAUUGUGUAAGAGUGAGGAGUUAAGUGGUGAAAUAAAAAACACCACGAAAAAAGGGACGAGAAGUCAAUAAUAAUUAUUUCUUUUGUUUUAUGUAUUGGAAUGCAUAUGUGAACAUUUUGAAAAUUUAAUAAAAUACAACUGGGAGAAAAAGUCAUACAACAGAAAAUACUUUACUGUCUAUCAAGGUAAUUAUUUUAUCUGUGUAGCUGAAUUUGUGCAGUUUCAUAAAUAAAGGCCUGAU